ACAUGGAAGAUAGUGUCCCAUGGACCGUGUGGGGCAUCCUUGGCCAGAGGAAGGUGCUGGGAUGUGGGGUGUUUGUGGCCUGGCUGGUCCUCUUCCACCUCCUGGUGAACGUGUGGCUGCUGUGCAUGUUCACCAGCCUGCUGGUGGUGCUGGGGGGCUGGCUGGGCUCCCGGGUGGCUCUGGACGGCAACAGCCUCCUCCACCUGGAACACUUCCUGCCCCUCUACCAGUCUCCUGCCGCCCAGCCCGACCUGGACAGCGAGCGCGGGCUGGACCGGGAGAUCCACAGCACGGUGAGCAAGGCCGUGCGCGACUUUGUGUCGUCCUGGUACCGCGGCCUGGCAGAGGAGAAGGACGAGGAGGGAGAGUUUGAGCAGGUGGUGCGGGACGUGAUGCUGGUGGCUGCUGAGGACCUAAAGAGACGGGCGAGGCAGGUGGACAGGCGGGCGCUGGCACAGAGGGUGCUGGAGCUGUGUGGCUGUCACCUGCAGAGCUACACCCGUGCCAGAGAACUUCAGCAGCAGCAACAGCAGGCACAACCGGCCUCAGCACCACAGACUGCUAAGGAAGAAGAUGGAGGCGGCUCGGACCUGUGGGAGCUCUACAGCCAGUUUGACAAGCCCCAUCCAGCUCUGGCCAACGCCACCACAGAGCUCACCUACUCCAGGUCCGUGGUGGACGUCCUCUUGCACACGCUGGUCCCCUAUCCUCACAUGGAGACCCGCACUGGCCGCUUCCUGGUCGGGGAGCUCAUCACCUGUAACGUGCUGGUGCCGCUGGUGGCGCGGCUGUCCAACCCAGACUGGCUGAACCUCACCAUUGUGGACGUGUUUACCAAACCCAGCUCGCCGGGGGACUCCGCUGUGGAGGCGCAGGAGAUGUUGGAUGAGGAUGUGGAGUAUUACGAGGCUCUGAGCGGGUCCUGGAGCUCCUGUCUGUACUCUGCUGCGGUCACGUGUGACUCCUCAGACAUGUCCAGCAUCGCCCUGUCAGACUGCUCUUUCUCCUCCGUGCCACUGACCAGCAGUGAGGGCAGCUGUCAGAGCAUGUUGUCUUACGAAGAGCCCAGGUCCUGCAGCAGCAGAGCCAGACGCCUCUUUGGAAUGAGCCCCGCCGCCAGGCGUCGGAUCGCCGCAGCCCGGAAUUCCGUGGAUCUCCAUCAGCCAAUCAGACACUCCGGCUUGUACCAGGAGACCGAUUCGGAGCUGGACUCUCCGGGCUCGGACGGGAAGAAGAUCUCCAUGGAGUCGUUGAACUCGGAGGCGGGCAGGGCUGACAGGUUUUGCGAGUGCAUAUCCCCGUCCGACUUCUGUGGCCUCAUGUGCCUGGAGGAGGAGCCCUUCUUGUUUCUGGGCUCUGGGAAACGCUCUGGCCACCCAAAGGGCCACCGUCGCCACGCCUCCCAGCCCCCACAACAGAGGCCCUGGCCUGAAAGCCCAGCGGAGGACGUUGCUGCCGCCACGAUGCACCGGAGAGCCUCGGGGACCUCACCGGCCAGCCUGUGCCUGCCACCCUUCAAGUUUGAUCCUCUGGGUGGUCCAGAGGGACCCGUCAUCAUUCAGAAUCUGCGCAUCACCGGGACUGUUUUGGCCAAAGAGCACAGGGGCAUGCAUCCGUACACACUCUAUACGGUCAAGUAUGAAACUAUAUCAGAUUCAGAUGGCACAGGAGCUGAUCAAUCUAUAGCUUAUCACACAGUGAAUCGCCGCUAUAGUGAAUUCCUCAACCUUCAGACUCGACUAGAGGAGAAGCCUGAACUACGCAAGGCACUCAAAAGUGUGCGAGGCCCCAAGAGACUCUUCCCAGACCUCCCCUUUGGGAUCGCCGAAGUCGACAAAACAGAGGCUCGGAAAGUCCAACUGGAGACAUACCUCAAACAACUGUGCUCCAUUCCCGAGACAGCCAACAGCGACGAGAUGCAGGAAUUCCUCGGCCUCAACGCAGAUGCCAGGAUGGCAUUCGAGAAGAAACCCAGCACUCCACGAAUUGACAGGAAGGUGGUGAAUGCUAUUGUGGACACAUUGAAGACGGCUUUUCCCCGGUCGGAGCCCCAGAGCCCAACUGAGGAGUCAGAGGGGGACACAGAUGGGAAGAACCAACCAGAUGGCAAGAAAAUCAGGUCUCGGCUGAGGUUUUCGAGUAAGAUUGCUCCGAGCCUCAAUAUCCCUGACCUGCAUCCUAAAGUGAUGUACACCUUCAGCGAGGGCAGCACGGUUCUGCAGGGUCUGUCCAUCAGUGGUCUAGAGGCUCUGGUGCGGGAGAGGGAGAGGCUGAUGUGUGCUGGGGGGGCCCAGGGAGGGCUAAGGGUCCCUGAGGAGGGCAAAGGCCCUCAAGGGGAGCAGAGAGCAGGAGGAGGAAAAGGAGGCCGAGAACGCUCCAGAACUCUGGAGAGGAGAUCCCGCUCAACAGACACCGCGCUGGCUGACGUGGCCUUGAACAUCCUCUGCUUGCUGAUGAGAGACCAGUGGAGCUGGUUAUGCACCGAGAAUAUCCAGAAGACCAUCAGACUGCUGUUUGGAACCUUCAUUGAGAGCUGGCUGGACGUGGGCAUCAGGCACCUGACGAGCGGCCCGUGCUGGGUGAUCUACCUGCGGGUGCUGCAGGAGGCGGUGUGGCCCGGGGGGGAGCUGCCGGCGGAGCAGCAGCCCGAGAGGAGCCCCGAGCAGCGGGAGGAGACGCGGCAGCACUGCCUGGACUGCCUCUCACACACGCUGCCAGACUUCAUCUCUGAGAUGCUGGGCUCAGACAAGUUCAGGUUGAGCUUGGAGCAUGUGCUGGGAUCCCUACAGGACCCCACCAUCAACAGGCACCUGGUCUACUGCAUCUUUGAUCUGGUGCUGGAGUUCCUGAUCCCUGAGUCGUCUGACGAGGCCUUCCAGAAAUCCCUCCUACACAGCCUGUCUAGAGACGGGGAGAAGACAGCAACAUCCCCAUGAACUCUUCCCUCCCCUAACAGACACACACAAAGUUGUGAGCACCAAGUCACCCAUUUCGGCACAACAGUCUGUGCAGUCAAAGGCGAUUCUAGACUCCAUGUGAUCCUGGAGUAAGAACCACUCUUCGGUGGUGUUGAAAACGCUAUGGCCACUGUUGCAGUCUGGAGGUGAGCUGUCUGACGAGAAGUCGCUGUUGUAUAGCCUGUGGAGAGCCGCAGUCAGAGCCGCAACAUCUCCAUGAACUCCUUCAGCCCACAGACACCUUGUGUGGAGACCCACAUACUGUACCCGUUUUGUCACACCGCUCUGGGCAGUUUGAUGUGAUUAACCUUUUUCGCAGUGACAUCGACCAAGUUCCAUUUUGAAGCAAAACAAGUACACGUACUGUAUACAUACGUACGACUACCGAUUUCAGAGAGGAAACAAUGGCUUGUAUGCGUAUAUCUACGCCACCGAAUGCUACUUGUCCUGCUUCAAAUGCAUUGAGGGUGUCUGACGUUACAUGAAAAAGGCUCGUUCCAGACUCCAUGAAGUUCCCAAGUAAUAACCAGCAACCUCAGGUGGUGAAUAUAGAGCAUUGCCACUGUUGGAGAGUAAAGGUAAAUCCCUGAGUUGCCUAAUGUGAAAUCCCUCCUGCACAACCUGUCCAGGAAUGCGGAGAGAACCGCAACAUCUCCAUAAACCCUUUGCUCAUGUACUCUCACACUGUGUGGACAGUACACCAACCACUUAGCGGGUCUGCUACUUGUCAGGCAACUGGAGGCGAUUAAAGAUUCCACUGGUUUCUCAAGUAAGAAAAAAACACUCACCACUGUUGCGAAGAACUAUCCUGUCCUUGCCACGCAUAAAUGGCAGUCCAUGAAAUGAAAUGAAGGAAUGAAAUUAGUAUGGAUAGACCAGGUCAGCUAAGAACUGCACUGCACCCUUUUGCAUAGUCCUGCGUUAUGGUCUGUGAAGAAUGUACUUCUGUGUCGGCAACACAUGCUUAUUUCAGUUGGGGUGAUGCUUGCAAGAGGAUGUGAGAACUUGCAUAGGUUAAUUAUUACACAGGUGCGUCAAACCAGGUGGGAAUGCUUUCAGCCAAAUUUUGUUGCGUUAUCCCAGAAUCACUGCUAUUUGGAGUUUAUGAGAGUUCAGCUUGGCACAUGCACUGUCUACAGUAUGUGUGUGUGUGGCUAGACACAGAGUUUGGUCAACAAAACGCACUCCAAGGAUGAUGAAAUUCAUGUUGUUGUUUUUUCGUCAUGUGCAGAUGGCACGUGCAGGGGUACUGUUUGUAAGCAAGGCAGUGUAGCUCUCUGAGGUCCUUGUGAAAUCUGGGGAUGGUUGGGGGCAAUCACGUGUUUGUGUUGCUAUUAAGUUGUUGCCACAAAAAGCACAUUUUGUCAAAUUCAAGUUUAGACUGAAAAUGGUCUUCAAAAGAUCUCCUUUAUCUUGUGAUAAAGACUUAUGGUCCAAAUGUGUCCCGUUUUAGAGAUAUUCUCAAAUUUUCAGCAACUACAAUAUCCAACCUAAUUCCAAAACUUUGAACGCCUUUUUCUCAGUUUCAAUGUUAGUUACUGCACUGUGCAUUUGUAGAGCAGUAUGUAUCUACACACCAUUAUUUCUGUACA